AUGGAUGUUCCAGUUGAUGAUAAUAGCACUUCGAAACCAUCUUUGAAGUUCUUGAUAUAUGGUAGAACAGGGUGGAUAGGUGGUCUACUUGGCCCAAUCUGUGACAAACAGGGCAUACCGUAUGAGUACGGAAGAGGCCGCCUGGAGGAAAGGUCCUCGUUAAUGGAGGACAUUCAGAACGUCAAGCCUACUCAUGUUUUCAAUGCUGCAGGUGUAACUGGUCGGCCUAAUGUCGACUGGUGUGAGUCGCACAAGACAGAAACAAUCCGUGUCAAUGUUGCUGGUACACUGAACUUGGCUGAUGUGUGUGGAGAGAAUGGAUUGCUGAUGAUUAACUUCGCUAGUGCAUGCAUAUAUGAAUAUGACGCUGAACACCCAAAAGGUUCAGGUGUUGGAUUCAAGGAGGAAGACGUACCCAACUUUGCUGGUUCGUUCUACUCAAAGACCAAGGCCAUGGUUGAAGAGUUGGUGAAGGAAUAUGACAAUGUUUGUAUUCUCAGAGUCCGCAUGCCCAUAUCGUCAGACCUUAACAACCAACGCAAUCUCAUCACGAAGCUCAGUCUUUACGACAAGGUUGUUAACAUUCCCAACAGUAUGACAGUCUACGAUGAACUUCUGCCUAUUGCGGUUGAGAUGGCUAAGUGGAAUCUGACAGGUGUAUGGAACUUUACAAAUCCCGGAGCCAUGAGUCAUAGCGAGAUUUUAGAGAUGUACAAGGAACACAUCGACAAAGAUUUUAAAUGGAGUAACUUCACCCUUGAAGAACAGGCUAAGGUGAUUGUUGCUGGUCGAUGCAGCAACGAGAUGGAUGCGUCUAAAUUGAAGGAGUUUCCUGAGUUGCUAUCAAUUAAAGAAUCGCUGAUCAAAUAUGUGUUUAAACCCAACAAGAAAACUUCCGCUUUUAUAUCUUAA